GGUCAUAAAUUGUUUUUUGAAUGGUUGCUAAAUGGCUGGUCGUAAGACGAGGACUAUCUGUAAGUCACAGACUUGGUGUUGUCGCAGUUCUGUGUCUAGGACAAAAAGUAACAGAGGGAGAAUUAUUUUUAAAAAAAUCCAACCUAGAAUUAAGAAGAAAUUGUCACUGAGAACAAUUAAUCAGUGGAACAAAUUACCUCUGCAAUCUGUGGUUGUUCCAUCAGUGGAGGCUUUUAAGAGGAGACUGGAGAGCCAUUUGACUGGGAUGAUAUAGGUUCUCCUGCUUGGAGAGUUGGUCCCUUCCAACUCUUACUCUGUAAUUCUGUAAGAACUUCAUGAACAUUUAGGGCUCAGCAUGUAGCUCAUCUUCAGAAGCUUAAGUAGCUUCACAUUUCACUCUUUUACUUGGCUCUUUUGCAAAGAUAGGAUGCUAGGAGUCUAAAACAACUUGAUAGCAUAUAAUCAGUGACAACAUCUUGCAAACGCCUUAGGCAGAGACGGGACAAGCGUGUUUUUUCGCCUCCUGUCGGGAGAUGGCAAUCACUUCUGCGCCUACAAAGCCGUCAAUACAGUAGCUGCAUCUGUGGUUGAUCCUUAAAGGAGUUAAAACCAUCAAGUACUGUAUUGCUAGAAAGGAUUGAGGAAGAAGAGAAGCCCAGAGGAACUUCCUGUACCGGAUCCCUCAUGGGUGGAAGGUGGCUUGCAGAGCGGCUUUUGUGCUCUUCCAGAAGUUGAAGCAUCAGCUGGAAGGCAAAGAUGAUGCCAACAUAAGCACACUGGACAACUGAGAAUAACAAGCAACACUGAAAAGCAAAGCAAAUUGAAGCAGAAAUAAAAAAUAUUUUCUAUUUCCUUCAGAAAACCACAGAAUUCAUCUACUUCAUCAGCAGAUAAGAGACAGAAAAGAGAAAAUCAUGAAGAGAUUUGCAGCUGGAAAAAGUAGAUUAUAUAGAAUUUAAGAACACGUUACUUGAAAAGGUCAAAGGAGAUCAUUUUUCCGUUCAGAAAAAGAGGGAAAUACCUGGAAGCCAGUGGGGAAGAAAAUGUCAAUUGGAUAGUCACAUAUGGCAGCCAGUAAUGCAGGCACCAACAAAAUAAGGAAUCACACGUAUUUUUGACCUCCUCAAGAAUGUCAAUGAUGGAAAAGCUCCAUAGAUGUGCCUAUUGUGGGAAAAGUAAAGAGUUCAAAUCACAAGAGGAUCCACACUGAACAAAAGCCAUAUAAAUACUCUGAAUGUGGCAAAACUUUAGUCAGAAUAACUCCCUUGCGAUUCAUAGAAGGAUCCUCAUAGUAGAGAUGCCCUACAACUGCUCCCAAUGUGGUAAAUGCUUUUGCAAGCAUGGCAACUUUGAUACAUCAGAGCACUCACACCAGGGAGAAACCAUAUGAGUAUCCAGAUUGUGGGAAACGUUUCACAGCAAAUUCCCACCUGGUGAUACACCAGAGGACUCACACAGAAGAGAAACCCUUUGAAUGUCCUCAAAUUUUUUUUCAAUGUCCUGAAAAACCUUUUCAAUGUCCACAUUGUGGGAAAAGUUUCAGUCUCAAUUCCAGCCUGGAGAACCACCAGAGGACUCACACAGGAAAGAAACCGUUCGACUGUCCAGAUUGUGGGAAACAUUUCCAUUACCGUUGUCACCUGGUAAACCACCAGAGGAUUCACACAGGGGACAAACCUUUUGAAUGUCCUGAUUGUGGGAAAAACUUCAGUCUCAAUUCCAGUCUGCUGAAACACCAAAAGAUUCACACAGGAGACAAACCACACAAGUGUACAGAUUGUGGGAAAAGUUUCAGUUACCGUUCUAACCUGGUGAACCACCAGAGGACUCAUACAGGAGAGAAACCAUAUGAGUGUCCAGAUUGUGGGAAAAAUUUCAGUUACCGUUCUGACCUGGUGAGCCACCAGAGGACUCACACAGGAGAGAAACCCUUUGAAUGUCCUGAGUGUGGGAAAAGUUUCAGUCAAAAUUCCAGCCUGGUGAGCCACCAGAGGACUCACACAGGAGAGAAACCCUUUGAAUGUCCUGAUUGUGGGAAAAACUUCACUCUCAAUUCCAACCUGCUGAUACACCAGAGGACUCACACAGGAGAGAAACCAUAUGAGUGUCCAGAUUGUGGGAAAAGUUUCAGUCACCAUUUUAACCUGGUGAACCACCAAAGGAUUCACACAGGAGAAAAACCCUUUGAAUGUCCUGAGUGUGGGAAAAGUUUCAGACAGAAUUCCCACCUGGUGAAACACCAGAGGACUCACACAAGAGAGAAACCCUUUGAAUGUCCUGAAUGUGGAAAAAGCUUCAGUCAGAAUUCCUACCUGGUGAUACACCAAAGGAUUCACACAGGAGAAAAACCCUUUGAAUGUCCUGAUUAUGGGAGAAGUUUCAGACAGAAUUCCCACCUCAUUAUCCACCAGAGGACUCACACCAGGGAGAAACCAUAUGAGUGUCCAGAUUGUGGGAAACGUUUCAGAGCAAAUUCCCACCUGGUGAUACACCAGAGGACUCACACAGGAGAGAAACCCUUUGAAUGUCCUGAGUGUGGGAAAAGUUUCAGUCAUAAAUCCAACCUGGUGAACCACCAGAGGACUCACACAGGGGAGAAACCCUUUGAAUGUCCUGAUUGUGGGAAAGGUUUCAGUGAGAAUUCCAGCCUGGUGAAACACCAGAGGACUCACACAGGGGAGAAACCCUUUGAAUGUCCUGAUUGUGGGAAAGGUUUCAGUGACAAUUCCAGCCUGGUGAAACACCAGAGGACUCACACAGGGGAGAAACCCUUUGAAUGUCCUGAUUGUGGGAAAGGUUUCAGUGACAAUUCCAGCCUGGUGAAACACCAGAGGACUCACACAGCGGAGAAACCCUUUGAAUGUCCUCAUUGUGGGAAAGGUUUCAGUGACAAUUCCAGCCUGGUGAAGCACCAGAGGACUCACACAGGGGAGAAACCCUUUGAAUGUCCUCAUUGUGGGAAAAACUUCAGUCUCAAUUCCUCUCUGGUGAAACACCAAAAGACUCACACAGGAGAGAAACCCUUUGAAUGUUCUGAUUGUGGGAAAAGUUUCAGUCGGAAUUCCAGCCUGGUGAACCACCAGAGGAAUCACACAGGGGAAAAACCCUUUGAAUGUCCUGAUUGUGGGAAAAACUUCAGUCUCAAUUCCUCUCUGGUGAAACACCAAAAGACUCACACAGGAGACAAACCACACAAGUGUGCAGAUUGUGGGAAAAGUUUCAGUUACCGUUCUGACUUGGUGAUCCACCAGAGCACUCACACAGGAGAGAAACCAUAUGAGUGUCCAGAUUGUGGGAAAAAUUUCAGUCAUAACUGCCAUCUGGUGAUCCACCAGAGGACUCACACAGGAGAGAAACCAUAUGAGUGUCCAGAUUGUGGGAAACGUUUUAGUCACAAUUCCAGCCUGGUGAAACACCAGAGAAUUCACACAGGAGUGAAACCCUUUGAAUGUCCUGAGUGUGGGAAAUGUUUCAGUCAGAAUGCGAGCCUGGUGAUACACCAGAGGACUCACACAGGAGAGAAACCCUUUGAAUGUCCUGAGUGUGGGAAAGGUUUCAGUGUCAAUUCCAGUCUGGUGAAACAUCAAAAGACUCACACAGGAGAGAAACCAUGCAAGUGUCCAGAUUGUGGGAAAUGUUUCAGUUACCGUUCUUCCCUGGUGAACCACCAGAGGACUCACACAGGAGAGAAACCAUAUGAGUGUCCAGACCAGCAGAGUCAAACAAUUUGAUUGAGGGCCGCAUCAGGAUUGUGGUUGAUCUUGUGGGUGGGGGUGGUGGGGUGAUGUCACAUGGCGAGCUCGACAUCUCUUGUGUCAUGGGGCACCUGUGGUGGCCCAGGCAGGUCUGGGGGGAUCCAUUGUCUCCAGCAGAGGAAGGUGAGAUAAUGUUAAGCGCCAAAAAUCUUGUUCUCCUCAUCCCUCUCAGGCCACGCAAAGGACCCCUUGGCAGUAGUGCAGGCUGCCCAGAAUCCUAGGAGCAUAAGCGCCCAGCCUGGCCCUCAAGCUCCCGUUGCACUGGGACCCCACAGCCCAGCCCUGCUUCCCCCAGUGGGUGCCCGGCUGUGCUUACCUCCUCCUCAAGGCUGCUGCUAUGCUCGCUGUCCAUGGGCACAUUGUUCAUGGUGUAUGCAGGAGGGCAAAGUGUGUGUGUCAGAGGGAGGGCCACUCCUUCUCCAUGCGAGGAGCCCAAACUUUGUAACUAAAGCAUCCUCAGCAAUAGGAUGGGAGACUACCAGGAGAGUCAGGAGGAGGGGACAAGGGGUUAGCGAAAGGGCAGAAGGGCAGCUGGUGGCCAAAUACUAAGGUAGGACUUUCCUCAGAAUCUGACUCCCUCUUAUUAUAAUCCUUCCUUCCUUCCUUCCUUCCUUCCUUCCUUCCUUCCUUCCUUCCUUCCUUCCUUCCUUCCUUCCUUCCUUCCUUCCUUCCUUCCUUCCUUCCUUCCUUCCUUCCUUCCUUUUGUGGCCAAAGACUGAAAACAAACCAGGCUCAGUUUAUCCGGUGCUUGCAUCUAGUGGGAGAGUCCACAGACAACAGCAAAACUUGUCAAAAUGUUGGUUGUGAUAGUUGAUCAGAACUCCUCUGUUUUUUAUGUACUGUAAGGUCCCAAAAUGUACUUGAGUCACCAGAAUGCCAAAAAGAGAGACUCAAGACGAGGCUUGCAAAAAGAAGCAGAUUUUAUUUAUGGCCAGAAACAAAAUACUGGGUGGGACUAUAUCCAGAACAUACAGAUACAAUGCAUGUGAGGAGAUAGCCACACCUUGGGGAAGGUAAGGCGUCCUUUUUAUACCCUCAGAGACAUCAGCUUAGUACCCAAUUCUGGCCUCCUAGUUCAGGUUUGUGUAUUCCUUGUUGCCCUGCAAAGGAAUAGAAGUUUCCCAAUUAGCGUUAUCUCUUCCUUGAGCAUUCCUUUGUUCUCUCAAUUGGCCAUUUGGCUCCUGGUUCUGCAUCAUCCGAGAAAUAAAUUGAUCUGUAUAAUCAAAGGUGUAAGUUAGGGCUGAAGUGUAAAAUUAUCCCUCGGAUGAUGUCUGCAGUUCCAACUGAGAUAAGUACCAUGCUCUUAGAUGGCAUAAGAAAAACAGGAAGAAGAUUGAUAUGGGUUCAGAUCAAAUGGCAGGAACAUAUGUUUGACAAAUACCAGACACCUUACAGAGGCCUAAUAACAGCAUAUGUUUGUUACAGGAGAUACAAAUAUAAAGGCAUAUAAUAUAUGUGAUACAAAUACAAAGGCAUAUUUGUGUUACAGAUAUAAAGGUACAAUAUAUGUGUGUUGUACAAAUACAAAAGGCCAUAUGUGUAUUACAGGAACCUAAUGGUUACAGAACAACAAGUUCCCCACUGGAAAUGGCUGCUUGCAACACACAAGGAGGGGAUACUUUCCUGCGAGCUCACAAUUCAAGAAUACCAAUGUUAACUUGGAUUGCUAAUAAAGUUGCCACUCACUCCUCCCUCCCUCCCUUCCCGCUUUCCUUUCCUUUCUUUUUUUAAGCUGCCAAGAGGCUCCCGACAAAGGCUUCCCAUACUGACCCCUCCCCCAUCAUUGCUUCAGCAUGGUUUUUAGCUCCCAGCUCCCAGACUCGUGCACGUGUAUGUUUGUGUGUGUGUGUGUGUGUGUGUGUGUGUGUGUGUGCCCCUUGCAGCCCAGCCAGUGCUGUGAUAUUGGAGAGGAAAAGAUCGGGAAAGGCUGGGGGUUGAGAGAAAGAAACAAGCAUUGCAAAAAAACAGCUUUUGUUAGCUUUCAGCCUACAAUGAGCUUGUAGGCUGCAAGUGAGUGAGUGCAAGUGAGUGAGACACCUCCACCUGCCCCACCCCCCUCCACACAAACACACACUCACCAGUGGUGGGUUCCUCCCAGUUCAGCCCGGUUCUCCCGAGCUGGUAGCGGUGAUGAUAUGAUGUCACUGAACCGGUUCUGCCCCCCUGCGCCCCCCCCACCCCCCCGCGUUAUUCUUACGUUUUAUUUCGCCACACCCCCAAUCUAUUGCUGCCUCCUGAGUCCCAGCUGAUGGCUAGAGAGAGAAAAAACUGUUUAAACUGUUGCCCAGGGGCUUCAAAGGGCCGCCCUACAGCUGAUCAGUGGUAAAAGAAAACAAAUGAGUAGACCGGUGCCUGCAAAAAAUAAAUGGGUAGAUCAGUAAAGCUCUGCAAGCAGUUAAAAGCUUCGUAGACCAGUAUCUCUGCUAAAUCCUAAAUAAUUGUCCCAUGACAAUUAUUAAGCCACGCCCACAAAAUAAGCCACGUCCACAGAACUGGUAGUACAAAAAUUUUAGAACCCACCCCUGACACUCACUCAAACAAACUUCUGUGAUGGUAGGAUGCAAAGUGCAAGCUAACGAAAGCUGUUUUUUGUAAUGCUUGUUUCUUUUUCUCAGCACCCAGACUCUCCUGAUCUUUUCCUCUCCAUUGUCACAGCACCGGGCUGCAAGGGGGGAGACCUUACGUGCUCAUGCGCGCACGUGCACGGGUCGGAGAGGUGAGCUGAGAGUCACACAGAGAUCCAUCAGGCACAGAGGCAACAACAAGGGAAGGGAUCAAAAUUCAGAGCUUCCCUUUUUGUCCACCCUCCCCUCCGUAGCCUCCAUGUCUGAUGGCAAACCGUCGUUCGCCUUCCACAUCCCCCCGCCCCAGACCCUGUGCAACCUCUUACCGUCCAUGGCAUGCUGGCAGGCAAAAGCGGCCAGAGUCCGAUGCCCUCUCCUUCCCACCUCUUCCUCCCUACAUGCACAAGGGGCAAGGGGAGGGGGAGAGAUUGGCAGCGUGGCUUUCCCACGUGGGGCAAGACAGUCCCAGGGAAAGGCCAGCGAGAGGAGCAUGGAGGUGUCGGCGCAGGUGCAGCACUGAUUUGCCACCUGGCAGCAGCCAUCCAAGCUGGACCGUGACCAGCCUUAGAUCUGUGAUGGCGCCUUGGUCCUGCCCCUGGCUCUGAGCAUGAGAGGGCUGGUGUCCUGGGCGAAGGGCAGUGCUCAGUCCCUAGGAACGCCAGCUGAGCUCUCAUUUCUGGACUAUCAGACUUUCCGUAGCUUGCCAGGAAUCCUUAUCAGUAAGCUAAACUGCGCAGGUGUCUCCACCCACAUUCCUUCACAUCUUUUCUUUCUUCUCUUGCCAAGAAGUCUGACUGCUGAGAAGCAGCCGGCACGAACUUUAUAUCAAAAUGUAACUAAUUAGAACAGUUAGAUGUUUUAUUUUCUUUAUAACAAAUAAAUGAGUUUAUUAGAAGAUA